UAAUACAUAUAUUGCAACCAGAUUUUAACAGAGGGGCGGAUUAAAGCCGCAUUAAAGUAUCAAAUUUAAUUGAUAGAUUUAUUAGCAAAACAAACAUUUUAAAGUAAAUUAAAGAGUAAUGAAUGAAUUGAAAGCACCUUCUUUAAAUUCCCUGUUGGGUUCGGAUCGUGGCUCCACGGACAGUUUGUUGGCAGAAUCGUUACUCGAUAUGGAAGAGUUGGAUGAUGUGGAAUACUCCAUACCACCGACAGGAGCUUUACCUUCGUUGGAAACAGUUUUAAGUGAAUUUGAAGCCGAUUCAGAUAUUGCCUCUGAACUGGGUAUACCUCCACCCACCCCCACACCUUCUAUAGCCGAUGAAAGCAGUGUGCGUAUGUCGGGUUCUGGCGGAGGAGGCAGUAUAAUGCGUUACACCAUGUUGCAGGGGAUUUCUACACAAGUUUCCUCCGCUGCGGAUCGCAUUAAUGCCGGCAUGGCCUCAUCUUGUUGUGUAUGCAGUCAUUACUAUGCCGUGGGUACCUCCCAUGGCCAUAUACUCAAUUUUGAUAUCACACAAACCUUAAGAUGGGCCCAUCAAGAUAAAAAUGGCCAAGGAGCGGUUUCAUCCAUGUCUUAUAACCCUGAGUGUAAUCGUCUUUUAGCUGGCUUUGCCCGUGGCUUAGUAAUAAUGCUGGAUACCCAAUCGGGUGAUGUUAUGCGUCAAUUAUUUGAUGUGGUUACUCCUAAUACAGGAGUAUUGCAUGUAAAAUGGACUUCCAGAGCCGCCAUGGCUUUAGCUGCAGAUUCGGGUGGCUCAGUGUGGUCUUUAAGUUUUACUCGUAAAUUAGGCGUCAGAGGCUGUUCCACACGCUGUCUCUUUUCGGGAGCUCGCGGUGAAGUUUGUGCCGUGGAACCUCUACUAAGUCAGUCUAACGAACAUCAUGAUUUAGAUCAAUACUGCAUAGUGGCUUUGGCUACAUUAUCGAAAUAUUUCAUAGUCACCAUAAGACCUCGUUUAAAGGUCAUUAAAUAUCAUUUGCUACAAGGGCCGCCCGAUUGUUUGCCGGUUUUAGCGUGGCAAAUGGUGCUAAUACAAGCUGCCGAUACCUCCAGAUCUGUAGAUCCUGUCCUAGUAGUAGGUCGUGGCAAUCAACUUUAUUUCCAUCAAUUGUUUAUAUCACAUGGACGCAUAACACUACUGCUAUUGCGCCACAUAACCAUGCAAACAAAUCUUUUGUCCGCCCACUGGCUGGGACCCAAAUGUGUGGGUUGUCUGGAUACUACGGAAAUUUUACAUUUGUUAGAUGUGCGCACUAGCAAGGAAUUGGAAUGUAUAGAUUUGGCUAAUGCUGGUAUGGUCUAUGGUUCGGCUCAAUUUAAGGGUUUGGCUACGGGCGGCAAUGUUUCACCCGCCUUGGCUUUGGCUGGCACUCAUGCCUGCUACAAUUCAUUGGCCUGUCGGGGUGUUCAGCUGUAUGUACUAGGCUCGAGGUCAAUGCAUUCGAUUGGUGUAAGAACUUGGAUGGAAAGGAUAACGUAUUUGGUUAAAAAUCAACGAUGGCAGGAAGCCUGCGAUUUAGCCUUAGAUGGAUAUAAAGCUGCGGGCGAUCGUCCCAAACGUAAACAACAAGCCAAGGAGCGUAUCAUAAUGCUAUUUAAAGAAUACAUAGCAGCCUCUGCUCGAGCACCCGAUUACUGCUUGGGAGCCAUUAUCAAAUGUCUCAUAACCAUAGGAGAACUAGAACUGCUGUGGACCCAAUUGUGGGAACGUUUACAAAAUAAAGAACUAUUCCUGCACCACAUUACCGCACACAUAGAAAAUGAUGAUAUACACCGCGUCAAUCCCAUUAUAUCCCAGGCUCUCGUAGAAUAUUGGCUUAAAAUAUCGCCCUCUCAGCUGGAAGAAAUUAUCUUAAAAAUGGACUGGACCUGUUUGGAUUUAAAUCAAGUCCUUAAAGCGGCCAAAAAAUAUAAACUCUAUAAAGCACAAAUAUUUCUAAAUGCCAAUGCUUUGCAUGAUUACACAGUAUCGCUCACCGAACUCAUACCUCUAUUGGACUAUGAACAUCCCGAUUUGGGUAAUUGCCUAUUGGUGUAUAUUUCAAGUUGUUUGGCCGGCCGUGGUUAUCCUCAGGGUGAUAUACCCGAAGAUCUUAGGCAAAAUGUUAAACAUGAUGUUUUAAGGUGUUUGACUUCAUUGCAUUCCAAUACCAGUGAACCGAAUGAAUUGCCCUAUCCGUAUUUGAGAGCUCUGUUGAAAUUUGAUAUAAGAGAAACAUUGAAUGUGAUAUCGUUGGCUUUUCAGGAAAAAGAAUUCAACUGUGAGUUGGGUUUUCAGCAUCGCAAGAGGAUUAUAAAUAUUUUGUUGGAAAUAAUGACACCGGAAAAUAAUACGUGGUCCGAAAUUGGUUGCCUCCUCAAUUUCAUAGCCCAACAGAUCUCACAAUCCUGUUUGCCAGCCGACAGCCAACUCCUCGAAAAAGUCCUAAACUAUUUAUCCAAAGAGACUAUAGAAAAUGAAAGUGCUCGUUUACAUUCCGAACGUGAGAAUGCCUGGCAUGAGCUGCUGGUCAACAAUUGCCUAGAUGCCAUAACCAACGAUGAAGAACAAUUGGAAUUGGCCAAAAAGGCCCACUGUCAUUAUGUGGAAGAAUAUUUGUUGGAAAAACUACAACGUUACGACACCAUACUAGAGUGUUAUCUCAACAAUCCGAUGCGGCAUGAAACCAUGUUUGUGUAUAUGGAACGUCACUACAGGGAUGAGAAGAGACGAAUCUAUGAACAAUUGCGUAAACAUAUCAAACGUUUGGUGACCAUAGAUGCCAAAGAAACAACACGCAUAGUGGAUUUAUAUUUUAAUACAAAAAUCGUGGAAUUGUUGGAGCUGGUAGAAGAUGAUGAAAAGGUAUUGUUUAUUUUUCUAAAGCACUUGCAGCAAAGAAAUGAAAAUUUAGCCAAUGAGCAAAAGCUUAAACUUUUGGAGCUGUUGUGUAAAUUUGAACCUUUAGAAGUGGAGGAGUUUUUAAAGAAUACUGAAGGUUAUCAUACUCCAGCCGCUUUAAAAAUGGUACAACAAUAUCAACUCUUGCAGGCGGCCAUAUUUUUGGCCGAAAAACUGUUUGACUAUAAAUUAGCAUUUAGCAUUUCCAUGGACAUUUUGAAAAGUGCCAAAUUAGACGAUAUGGCCGAAUGUGCCAAGUCUGUGUCAGCAUUAUGUGCUCGCUCCUCUACUUGCCCUAAAUCUCCUUUAUCACCCAAAGAGCGUGAGUCGUUGUGGAUGGAUCUAUUGAAAUUUAUUUUGCCCCUAGAGGAAUUCAAGUCUAUAACAAAAUCCAUGCUGCAUGAGGCCUCUCAACAUGUAGAUCUGCCCAAUUUGGUGCAGCUCAUCAUGAACACCCACAAUGUUUCGGGUAGUUUUGGUGAUAUCAAGGAAUUGCUUUUAAGCAUGUUAAAUCAAUCGAAACAGGAAACCAAUGCCCGUGAAAUAAGCCAGAAAAUAAUGGAAAAAGAAUUGGCCCAAGAAUUCCAGAAAUGUCAUAAAAAGGCCAGUAGAGGUCUUUGGAUAACCAUGAUGCGUUGUGUGGUGUGCAAUCAACGUUUGUACAAUCAAUCGGCUGUCUUGGUUUUAGGUUCCUGUGGUCAUGCCAUGCAUGAGCAAUGCUCCAAAGACUAUCUAACCAAACAAAACGAACCUCCCGCCAUGGCUUUAAAGAAAGAAGACGAAUCAUCGUCCACAGAUGAUAAUUACUUAGAAUGUCCUUACUGCCUUAAUGAAAUCGAUAUUAGGAUAUUUGAUAAACCUUUACAAUUAGCCAAACCUAGUCAUAAUGUUAUCAACUACACCAAUAAUACGACAACUAAUCAUAAUACCAGCUGUAGUAGGGAAUUGGGAGUUUUGCAAUUAAAGUCGCCACCUAGAAAAUUUUAAUCUAAAACGGUUUAUAAACAAUAAUCCUUAUUGUACGCUUAAAUACGUAAAUAUAUUAAUAAUUUUAGAGAACUGCACUUGUUAUCAUCUCUGUUUUGCUCUCACUCUUGCAACUCUAAGUCUCUUUUUUUUAGAUUUUAAGCUAAAUAUUUAAGUUUGAGUAUUUUUUUAUUAUUUAUAUUUUCCUUUAUUAUAAAAUAUAAACUAAAAAAUAAAGUUUAUUUAACCAGUAUUUUUAUUAAGACUUUCAGUUGUUAAACAUAAUAAUGGCUUUUUCUAUGUUAUCAGGUAUAAACAUUAUAAUAAAACCUAAUUCGAUCAAUUUAUUUUAUUUACAACUUUAACAUACUUUAAUACUAUUUAUUAGUUAUUGUAUUUUGUUAAAUUUAUUAUUAUAAAUUAUAAAUAAUAUACAAAUAAGUUAUACACUUUCAUAUACAUACAUAUAUAUUUUAUGUAACUAAACAAAUGAAAAUUAACUAAUUAAAAUUGAAAAAUAACAACAUUUAAAAA